GUGACACUCAAAACAAUUUAUCCACCAUUUUACAGUAGCCUAUGACGUAAGCACGUGUUGACUAUGUUUUUGUAAUCACUCUCACUGCCAGAGGGGGGGGACAAAAGUCCCGCACUCCAGCUUUAAGUAAUUGCAUUACAAUUGGAAAAAAAAAAUCUGAAUCACACUGUUAAUUAGUCCUCAGUUUAGAAUACGUGUCUCAGUUGUUCUUUAUGUGUUUCCAAACACACAGCGAGCUCGUUUGUAAGCUCCAUAAUCCGAAUUAGAGCCCCCGGUGACCAUCUGCUGUCUACACUAGCAGCUCCGCGCACUACUUUGUUACUGCAUUCACCUCAGCCCGCCCCCUCUGUGUGUGUGUCUGUGCUGUGCGUUUGAGUGUGUGUGUGUGUGUGUGUGCGGGUACAGCCUACCGGGCGGAGUAAUUCGUGUUGGUAUAUCUACUGAGUGCGUGUGUGUAUGUGUAUGUGUAUGUGUGUGUGUGUGAGAGAGAGAGAGAGUGUGCUACGGCUGCUGCUUGUCACUCAUUGUGCAGCGAACACGGGUAGCGACAAGGACCAAAAAUCCGUCCGGUAGCAGUUGUUGUCCCUGGAAAAGGCUGAUAUCUGUUUUUCGCCCCCCCUCAGAGACACCUCGCUUGUUUUAAGUGCGUCUGCUCUUCAAGGAGAAUAUCUGUGACACAUUACAAUGGUUCAUAUAAGGGACCUCAUCUGGGGAUUGCUGUUCUUUGGCUGUGCAGCUGCCAUCCAGGUGGAAAUCACUCCAUCACACGGGGAGAUCAGCGUAGGAGAAUCCAAAUUUUUCCUCUGCGAAGUGGUGGGAGAUGCGAAAGACAUAGACUGGUACGCCCCCAGUGGAGAGAAGAUCCUCCCCAACGGGCAAGAUAUUUUUGUGAGCCGCAACGAUGAAGCCACGUCGACCCUCACCAUAUACCACGCCAACGUGGACAGCGCUGGCAUCUAUAAGUGUGUGGCAAAGAAUGGGGACAAGGAGGCCCGGGCCACGGUCCAAGUGAAGAUUUUCCAAAAGAUCACCUUCCAGAGUGCUCCCAGUCCACAGGAGUUCAAUGAGGGUGAUGAUGCUGACAUAAUCUGCGAUGUGGUCAGUUCACCACCACCCACCAUCAUUUGGAAGCAUAGGGGCUCCAAGAUCCAGGUUGCCAAAGAUGUGCGAUUCAGGAUCCCGGAAAAUGGCCACUUGCAGAUCCGUGGCAUCAAGAAGACAGAUGAGGGCAUGUACAACUGUGAGGCUCGUGUCAUGGCGAGGGGAGAAAUUGACUUUAAGAUGAUCAAGGUUGUUGUUAACGUACUCCCCACCAUCCGUGCCAGGCAGUCAGAUGUCAACGCUACAGCAGACGUUGGUAGCUCAGCUUUGUUGGCCUGUGAUGCAGAUGGCUUCCCUGAACCCAUCGUCACCUGGGCACAUAACAACAUUGUCCUUGAAAUGGGUGAUAAGUACAGCCUGAAUGAGGAUGGUUCAGAAUUGGUAAUAAAAGAUGUCAAGAAAGUGGAUGAAGGAGAUUACACUUGCAUUGCCAAGAACAAGGCAGGAGAGAAAACCGAGGAAGUCAGCCUGAACGUGUUUGUGCAACCUAAGAUUACCUACUUGAAUAACCAGACUGCCUCAGAGUUUGACGAACAAGUCACCCUGACCUGUGAGGCUUCUGGUGACCCAACACCCACCAUCUCCUGGAGUUUUGAAAACAGAGUGUUCACUGAAGGAGAGCAGGCUUCUUGGACGCGACCAGACACGUAUGAGAGCCUUGAUAGAAAUAUUGUGAUACGAAGCCACGCACGGGUGUCCUCUCUCACCUUGAAAAACGUCCAGUUCACGUACGCCGGCCAGUAUCUCUGCACUGCGAGCAACUCCAUCGGUCAAGACAACCACCACAUGUACCUCGAAGUCAACUAUGCUCCAAAGAUUCUCGGUUCAGUGGCAGUGUACACGUGGGAGGGAAACCCAGCCAACAUCAGCUGUGAAGUGGAAGCUCACCCUGGAGCCGCUGUGGUUUGGUUCAGAGACGGUCUUCAGCUGCCCACUGCCAACACCACCAACAUCAAGAUCUACAACACGCCAACCAACAGCUACCUGGAGGUUACCCCCAACUCUCAGAAUGACUUUGGGAGCUACAACUGCACAGCGUCCAAUAUGAUGGGUACAGAGUCCAAGGAGUUCCUUCUUAUCCCAGCAGAGGUUCCAUCAUCGCCAGAAAUUAUACAAGUGGACCCUUUCUCCAGCACAGCAGUGGUAGAGUUUGAGGAGCCGGAGUCCUUCGGUGGUGUGCCCAUUAUCAAGUACAGAGUAGAAUGGCGUGUGCCCAGCCAGGACUGGACUGGCAAGGAGUACAAUGUCGAAGACUACAUGACGAAGAUCACCAUCACUGGCCUGAAACCAGAGACCACCUACGAGGUCAAGAUGUCUGCCACCAAUGGCAAAGGCGAAGGCGAGAGCAGCUCGCCUACCGUUUUCACGACCGAGCCAGUCCAGUAUUCUUUCACAAUUUCAUCAGAGACACCACCCCCUAUCGCUGCCACCAGUAUGGCCCUUAAAGGGGAACCAAGUGCCCCCAAACUAGAGGUCAAGGUCCAAAACAGGGGCAAUUCUCUUAAGGUCAACUGGAUCAAGCAAGAUGAUGGCGGUUCCCCCAUUAAACAUUACCUGGUCAGAUACAAGGCUAAGCAUGUAUCUGACUGGAAACCGGAGAUCCGCCUUCCUCAUGGCAGUGAGUAUGUGGUUUUGAGUGGCCUGGACUGGAAUACAGAGUAUGAGGUUCGUGUGGUGGCAGAGAAUCAGCAGGGCAAGUCUGAGCCAGGAAUCCUCUCCUUUCGAACAGCUACAGAGCCCACUACCAUCCCAGGUGCCGUGGACGGUGGCUCAGGCUUGGGUACCGGAGCCAUUGUAGGCAUCCUCAUCGUCGUCUUUUUCCUACUGUUGGUGGGCAUUGACGUCACCUGCUACUUCCUCAACAAGUGCGGACUCCUCAUGUGCAUCGCUGUCAACUUCUGUGGGAAGACUGGCCCAGGUGCCAAGAGCAAGGACAUUGAGGAGGGCAAGGCAGCAUUCACGAAAGAUGAGUCCAAGGAGCCCAUUGUCGAGGUGAGAACGGAGGAAGAACACACCCCAAACCAAGAAGGAGGGGGUCCCACUGAACCCAAUGAGACCACGCCUUUGACAGAACCUGAGCCUGCUGCUGCAGACACCACCUUCACAGUGGUAAACUUGCUCCCCUCCACUGCCACUAACUCAGUUGCUGAGAGCUUUAGCACGGCGCAGAGCAGUCCUGCUAGUGAGAACACCACGCUAACCACCAGCGCCUCCAGCCCAACCAAAGCUGCCCCUGCCAAGUCCUCCCCAAAAAGCAGCCCUGCUGCCCAGUCCAGUGCACUUAAAGCUAACACCCAACCUGAUGUCGGGCCCCUGGUCGACCUGAGCGACACCCCUAAAGAUCCCCCUUCAUCCAACCCAACAAGUUCCCUUGUCCCAGAGCCAGUCAGCCUGCCCUCUGCUAAUGCUGACGGGCCACAGAACCAGCGUGACCCAGUCAAAGCCCCUGAGAGCACCCAGAAUAAGGACUUACAAGUAGACGGCCCGACCGAGGAUGCACCUAAUGCCCCGUGCACAGACUCGACCACACCAGCCCAAAAUGACGGUAAAGCUGUGAAGGAUGAUAACACUAAAGGCGAGACGGAGGUGAAGAAUGCCACAGCCGAGGUGAAGACAGUUCCAAACGAGGCUCCCCAGACGAACGGCAACGAAAGUAAAGCGUAAUCUCCUCGCCUCGAGAGCAGCAGAAAGAAGAG